CUCAAUGCAAGCCAGGAAGAGUUCCAACGGAAUGUAUCAAAUCGACCCUUAGGAAUUGGUGUUAACCUGAUUUCAACUAAGCGGUACGUCUAUGCAAUGGCUUUAAUUUUUGAGGCGUUGCAAAAUUUAAAAGAUCCGAUUCGCUUAAA